CAAGGAAGUUAAGAACAUCCUCUUCAAUUUCACACAGUGAACUUAAGUCUGAGAUGAAAAGAAUUAAUUUCUUUCAAUAAUUUAUCAAGAUAUGUGUUAGGAGUAGCAAGAGUAACAUCAUCUAUCGAUUACGGAGAGAUUUUAUGGAUGUCCUGUUAAAGUUCGUAGAAGAUUAUCCAUCCCUUUGUCAACUUUGGAUAGGUAGCAAGUUAAUAAUUGGAAUAUACACUCCAGAUGAAGCAAAAACAGUCUUAUACAACAACAAUUGCAUUGAUAAAGCUAGCAUCUAUAAAUUUAUGCCUCCAGUGUUAGGAAUGGGAUUACUCACUGCUCCUGCAUCUGCAUGGACUCGAAUAAGAAUAAUGACUGCACCAACAUUUAGUUCUCACAUGUUGCAAGGUUUCUUUAAUACGUUUGUUGAGCAAUCUGUAAUUCUUACAGAUGAUUUAGAAAAAGUUGAAUUAAAUGAAAACGAAAUUACCUAUCUAGAUCAUAUAUCAAAUUGCGCUUUGAGAAUUGCAUGUGGUUAAUAACAUUUUUUUUUACAUGUUGUUACAUCAAGAUUCUCUAAUUGGUGUUCAGUUGGAACCAAACAAAAACCAUCAAUUUGUUAAAGCAGUUCAGAGGUAUAUAAUAUUU